UGAUUUGCGAGAUUGACUCUUCAUGGCUGACGCUUUUGUCAAGCACAAAAUACACAAUAAUAUGUCUAUAGAGUGUGAUGACAACGAAAUGAAUAAGGAAAAGGAGUUAGGGUUGUAUAAUUUGGAUAAUAGUCAUACUUGGCUCAAUAUGAAUGCUCCUGUGAGUCAUGGAAAUAUGUCAAACUUCCCUCCAGCUAUGAGACAAAUAAGAAAUAUCGCAGGGAAGCCAGCAAUAUUGGCUCUUUCCGCAUUUUCAUGUGGAGCUUGCUUUCUUGGAGUAGUCAAUGUUGGUUUGAUAUCUGCUGAUUUGCUUCCAACUGUAGCUCCACCAGCUUUCUUUUAUAGCGGCUUUUGUAUGAUUAUGGCAGGUGCAUUGGCUUUUCUCAACAAUGAUAAUUUUACUGGAGUGACAUCUUCCUCAUAUGGUGCCUUUUAUUUGUCAUUUGGUGCCUAUAUGGUAUUCAACUUUGAAAAAUUCUUUGGAGCAGUACUGACUAGUGCUGAGUUACAACAAGGCAUCGGUAUCAUGUUGUUCGGAUUCAUUAUAUUCAACACGUAUUGUUAUAUUGCUUCCUUCAUGUUGACUUUAGGACUCAUGUUGCAAUUCCUUUUCAUCGAAAUCUCACUAAUUCUAUCUAUGGCAAGUAUGUAUGGUAAAAUAUCUCCCGUUCCAGGUGGUGUCUUUAGUAUACUUUUGGCUGCAACGGGUUGGUACAAUGCAGCUACCAUACUGUUCGAAGACAUGUUUGGAAGACAUGUUCUAUUCAACCCUCUUAUGAUUGAAGUCUUUGCAUGGAUCAGAAGAAGAAGGUAAACGAGUUGACCAGCUGGUUUUAGUUGGUGGAUAUUAUGUUUUUCGGAUGGAUAUGAAUUCUGAUAGAUUAUAAUAAAUGUUUUUCUAUUUUG